CCCAGAGGACACCGACCAAGAAACAGGGGAGUGACUUGGUCUUCUGCACUACUUUACUCCUACCCCUUUUUUUUUUUUUUUUUUUUUUUGUUCUUAGGGGAAGAGAAGGAUUUUUGCAGCCCAAGAACCUCUUGCCCCCAAGUUUUGGAAGGGGGGGUUGAAGACUUGUCACCCAUCUGGGGGUGCACGAAGGGUACUGCUUUUCUUUCUGUGUCAACUUGGUUUUGUGGAGGUUUGGAAGAGAAUUUUGCCUGGGAGAAGAGGAUGAUGUGGAAGUGGCUGGGCGCCCUGCUGCUCUUCCCGGUGCAGAUGGUGUACCUGGUGGUGAAAGCUGCCGUGUGCCUGGUGCUGCCGCCCAAGCUCCGGGACCUGUCCCAGGAGAACGUGCUGGUCACCGGCGGGGGCCGCGGCAUCGGUCGCCACCUGGCCCGGGAGUUCGCCAGGAGAGGAGCCAGGAAGAUCAUCCUGUGGGGUCGGACUGAGAAGUGCCUGAAGGAGACCACGGAGGAGAUCAGGCUGAUGGGCACAGAGUGCCACUAUUUCAUCUGCGACGUGGGGAACAGGGAGGAGGUCUAUCGGCAGGCCAAGGCCGUCAGGGAGAAGGUGGGUGACAUCACCAUCCUGGUGAACAAUGCUGCUGUGGUCCAUGGGAAGAGCCUGAUGGACAGUGAUGAUGAUGCACUGCUCAAAUCCCAGCACAUCAACACCCUGGGACAGUUCUGGACCACCAAGGCAUUCCUGCCAAGGAUGCUGGAGCUGCAGAAUGGACACAUUGUCUGCCUGAACUCUGUCCUGGCCUUGUCAGCCAUCCCUGGUGCCAUUGACUAUUGCACCUCCAAAGCCUCCUCCUUUGCCUUUAUGGAGAGCCUGACCCUGGGGCUGCUGGACUGUCCUGGAGUGAAUGCCACAACAGUGCUGCCCUUCCACACCAGCACAGAGAUGUUCCAGGGCAUGAGAAUCAGGUUCCCCAGCCUUUUUCCUCCCCUCAAGCCCGAGACAGUGGCGAGGAGGACGGUAGAAGCUGUUCAGACAAACCAAGCCUUCCUGCUCCUUCCAUGGACAAUGCAUGUUCUUGUCAUCCUAAAAAGGCCUCCUCACAGCGGGACACUGAGGCCUGUUGGGUCUGUGUGCUCUCACCAGCUGAUGUUUGAGAAUCAUUCUCCCCCAGGCAGCACUUGAAGAAAUCCACAAGUUUUCCGGGAGCUACACCUGCAUGAACACUUUUAAAGGAAGAACAUAGAGCUGAUGGCACAGGGACUGUUCCUCAGAGAGCCCCACAGGAGCACGAAACCCCUGACAGGACUGGCAAUCAGCAGCCUUGGCUUUUAGCCUGUUCAUGUGACUUGUGCUGCUCUGAGGCAACGCAUUUCUUGCAGGUCAUAUCCAUAGUAACGUGACCUUUGCACAGGAUUGAGGGACUGGACUGCGGACCCUUGGAAAGGAAAAAAAAACGAAACGCGCGAAAUGUUUCUGUGAUGUUUAAUUCUUUAGAGUUCAAUUGUUAAAUCUACUCAUAGUUUUAAGAUGUAAUUUUUGUUUCUGAAGUGUCUGUGGGCUGUCCCAGUGGAGAGGCAGCACUUCCCAUCCCAAACACACUUUGUCCCCUCUCUUCAGAGGAAGUGCCGCUGGUUUCAUUUCUGCUUUUCGAAAGGGGAACUGAAAAAGUGCUUUGAGGAACUAAAAGUUAUGGACAUUUAAUGGAAGUUUCUCUCCCUUCCUUUGCUUUCCAUCCCUUCCUUCACUUUCCAUUCCAUGAUGAAGCUGUUCCCAGCAUACACUGGGGAAGGAGCAAACCUUGGAGCAGUGUUUUCUUUGCUAAAGGCCACCCAGGACUUCUGUCUGGAGGGACUGAGCUGGGCCCAAAAAAAGCUGUUGUACUUCACCUGUGGAGGCUGGACAGGAAGGCUCAGGCAGCAGAGCAGUUCAAAUAGUGGAAGAUUCUUUCUGUCACUGAACUCAUACAUGAAAUUUGUCGUUCUGAAUUUUUUUGUUCAUUUGUGAUCGACUAUAAAUACAUUUUUAGCAUUAAUCUCAGGUUGCCACACAUGUAGGCAGCAGCACAUGGGGAUGAACUAAAUCUAGAACUAAAACUAGAGCCUUCUUGUACAAACACACAUUCACUGACAUAAUCCAUGCAGAGGAAAAUCCAUUGUAUCAGUCUGCACAGUGAGGUGGAAUAAUGCUCUAAAAAUAGAAGAGACUGUACUGUAGAGCUCAUGAAAGUGAAGUUUGGAAGCACAGUUAGCAAAGACCUGAUUAAAUGCACGUUGAAUUCAACUGGGAAUUUACCCAUUGUGUUUUAGGGGCAUUGAAUCAGGCACUGAUCAGCCAAAAGUGAUAAAUAUGCUUGGACUGAGAUGCCAGAGCAGCCAGACACUAUUUAUUUUUGUAAUGAUAUAUUCUCUGUGACAGCCUCGGAAGGGCAACAUUCCUGUGCCAGAUGCAGCACCAGGCAUAGGAACCUGGUGAGAACAUACUGGAACACUGCUAACAGAGGAAUUAAUGGAAUUGCAGGGCAGGAAAAUAGCAAGCCUAACUGGAGACACCUGAAUGAAGCGCCUCAAGGAAGGACAUGUGAUUAAAGGAGUGAAUUUAGGGCUCCUGACUCGAAUUUCGAGCUUUUCCAUAGAUGUCCUGUGUGACCUGAGGCAAAAUGCAUCAUCUGAAGGAGCACCCUGACCUGCAAAGCAGAUAUUUCUAGUGUUUCCCUACCUCAAAAGUUGAAAGUUUAGCUACCUAAAUGUCUGUCAAAAGCUCAGCAAAUUCAAAUGCAACAUGCUACAGAAAGGAAAAGCAGUAUUUGUUCACGAACCAAGAGGUUCUAUACGAAAAUUUAGACAAGGAAAAAAACCAUAUGCCAAAAUAUAUCAUUUCCUAAAAGAGAUCUGAGUUACAGCAGAAAAGCUGUGAGCUGUAUUUGAAAUAUUCCUUUGGUCCUGCCAUGUAGAAUGGAGACUGCUGAGGUGCCAAGGUGGGAAUGUUGAAAUCAGAAGGUCUGAACUCGCUGCAGACCAGCAGAUUUCUCUCUUCUGGAGCAGUUCUAGAGGAAGAUGCUGCCAGAAGUGCCACUGGUGCAGGUCCCUCUGCCUGGGUCAGUGCAGAGCUGUAGCACUGUGCCAGCUCUGAACAGGUUUCUUACAUUGCAGUUUUCUUUGGAAUUCCUGGAUGUCUGAGGCUCUCUGGAGAGGAUGAAAAGAAACUCUGUGGUUUUGAGGCCCACCUCAAUAGUUGCUUUCAGCUUUAUUUUUGUGAGUUUUUUGAGAAGGAACUCAGUUCAUUGAAAACACAAGUGCCAUGAGGGGAGAACCCUUCUGGGAUCUGAAGGUACCAGAUUUAUCCAGAGAGGCUUGGGAGGGGAGGGGAUGAUGAUUCCAACCUCCCCUGGUGCACUCUGAUCCUUUCCAGUUCCUCAGUAAUCCCGGGGGUCAGGCGUUCCAGGCUUGUGGCUGUAAGAGCAAAUAGCCCUGGUGAAAGAGCAGUGCCCCCCUGAAAUGAAACCUCUCUGCUGAGAUUCUGCUCACUGGUAAAUUCCUAAUGCGAAAGUGAGGUAAAAACACACAUUGGAAUCCCCGUUCACCCCCGAAUCCUGUCCCGUGGAUGGGUCUGCUCUUUCCCUGCACCACACAAAAGAUGUUCCCAAUCUUCGGGGUCUGUCUGACACACUCAGUGCUGUUGAUUUCUUUCUAAUGAACAUAAACAAGUCAGAAGGGAGCUGAGACUCAUCAUCUCGCUCCUCUCAUCCCCACACACACAAACUUCCCUCUCUCUCUCCCCUCAGGGUCCCGGAGCGGCCAGCGGGUCAAAUAGCAGUCACAGUGGGGGGAGAGGUAUGCAGCAAACAGGGAAUAAUGAGGAAAACAUUGACUUUGCUUUUCAGAUAGCCAGGAAGAGCUGGGGAAGUUCGUGCCUUCCCUUGGGAGCGUUGCGAGGUAGGAAGCUCUCGCUGGCAAACAGGGAUGGAUGCACUGGAAGAGGUUUUUUUUAAUAGAAAGGCUCCUCUGGAAUGCCUGCUGGGCUCUGCUGUCCCUUCCACAUAAGGUUAGUGUUGGGUAAUCCCGAAGUGCUGCAAAUGUGGACAAGCUUUGUUGGAGCCUAAGGCCUUCUCAAAGGAAUUUCCGCCCUUUGACUUAUUUUAAUUUUGGUUUUCCCCUCUCCCUGCACUGCCUCCUGCUCUCCACAGUUAUUUUCUUCCCUUCUGUUUUCCUGUGUCAUUGCUGCACUUUUCCAUGCCACCAUCUUGAGGCCAGAUGUCAUCCAAGAGUCUGGAGUAAAUCGGGAUCGGGGUGCACGUUUAUUAUCUGGGUGAAGCUGUAGGAGAAGGUCACAGCAGUUUCAUAGGAAAUUAGUUUGACUUGCUCCAAACUACGAAGAAAUAAAAGGGUCCUUCCUAUCGCCUUUGUACAGCAGAUUGCUGCUGGUUUAAUAUUUGAAUGCUAGAGAAAUGUGAGCUGUUUUGGGACAUGCUCCCCUGACAUAAAAAGGCCCUAUUUAAAUGGGAGGAUUUUUCAGUUCCAGGUGGUUUCAGAGGGUGGUGUUUAUACAAAGUAAUUUUCAGAAUUAGCAAGGCAGGGCAGGGAGAGGAGGAGUCCUUUGUGAGGGAAUCCGAUCCCUCAUGUUCAAUAUUUCAUGUGGUGGUUUUUGAUGAGAAAAAAAAUGCAGCCUCAUGCACCACUGGUGAACUUUAAAAAGGUCCUUCCAGCCAUAUUCCUGCUGAUGGCAUGUUUUUAGCAGGAUGAGAAAAAGGAGCGAGCCCUGAAAGUGGGAACUUCACCCUACCCACUCAUCCAUUGUUCUGUCGAGGUUAAAAAGCAACAGAGUCCAUCCCUCUAGUUCUUCUAGAACUGCACAGAAAGUGCCUGGGCAAGUGAUUCUGAUGUUUGCAAAGAGAAACUUGUUGUACUUUUAUGUAAUGUGUUAAUUAGUGUGGGUGGGUAUGAUCAGAUCUAGUCUUGCAAGCCUUUCCGACAACUCCCUGAACACUCCCACCUUCAGAUAUUAACAGAUAGCACUGCACUUGCCAAGGCUCAUAAAAACCCAGUAACAGACUUAAUGCAGGCAGAGCAGAAGUGGGUGCAUUUAUUUCAAAGAGAACACAUGUGCCUGUAGCAGACAUUAACGUGGCCUGGUGCUUUCCUCGAGCUGAAAUGCAACUGUUGAGGGAAGAGCACAGGGUGACCUUGGAUCAGCUCCUUUGGUUUUAUUUCUUCACGUGGCUUUAAUAAACUUAAUCUGGGCAACAGCCACUUUUUUGACAGCACUUGUUCCUAAGUUUGGGGUAAGGCAAGAUCCUGUCAAAUGCAGUCUUUUGCAUUUUUGGCCAAACAACCACCAGCCCUGAGGAACAGAAUAUUCUGCACUGUUUGUAGCUCUCACCUCCCCGGCACUGAGAUCCUCCAGCCUGGUGUGUUUGGAGACUGAGCAAACCUGUCAGUCACCAGCAGCAGUUCCACUCUCUAGGGAACAGGAUCCUCUUUGUCCAAGUGCCUUUCUGAAGGAGAUGUUGUGAGUAGUGGCAGCCACAGAUUCAGUAACAUGAGGAAAAACAGAACUUCACCUUCUCCCUUGCUGCUCAUUGUCUUUUAUCCAGUGUUUCCUGUGGGAAGCUGGCAGUUCAGACACUUCUUGCCCCCCUUCCCACCCUUUAUUCUACUGAAGUCACCUCAGCACCUUUCUUCAGUCCCUUCAGGGAGCUGUCAGCUUCAACACAAACAACCCUGUCUGUCAGCUCGAGGAGUCAGAUCAGCAGGGAACGUGUGAGAUGAGACCAGAGUCUGUUCUGGUGGAGCUGCCCCAGCCUGCAGACCAUGGAUGGGAGACACAGGACACAACCUGAAUGUCCCCUGUACCAUGGAAGGCAGCGAGUUCCCCCUGUUCCUGUCAGCUUUCCUUUAAACAUAACACCCUCUCUUGUUCUUGGAACAGAAACACAAACAGACCCAGCCUGCCUGGACUGGAUACAGCUGAAAAUCACAGACCUCUGAGGAGACAAUUUACAUCUUCACACCUUCCCAAAGAGUCCAAAAUUACUAGUUCUUAGGCUCACCUUUGCUCUGGGCAGUGUGACAUAUUAAUGCAGAAAAACAAUCAAGGCAAAUACAUGUGCUGAUUUUUUAAGCGUAAAUCUAGAAAGGAACAAUUCCUCCUUAAAUGAGGGAAGAAAGCACUCUAACUGGAGCUGGGGAGUGAUGAAGAGUAAGUAUAUGAGAAAACAAAACAGAGGAUAGAUGCAAUCUCAGGGGGAGUGAGAUGGCCCUAAACAGGGAGACGCCACCUUACAUUCCUGAAGUUACAUAAUAAUAGGGGCGUGUGAUUUCCAUCCAACUGCAGGGCCUAUAAAAGAAGUGUGUUGUUACUGCUGCUCAUUCCAAGGGGUCACCAUGCCCUAAAAAGCAGACCAUUCCCUUUGUGCCUUGCUGGCUCAGAACACCCCAAUACACUGGUUCCUGGUGGCUGUCUCUUGGGUUUUUUUUGAGGGAGGGAAAGCAGCCCAAACAUGUAAAAACAAGGAAGGGUCACUUUGACUCACCACUCACUUUUUCCUAACCAGCUGCAAGGGCCAUCCAUCAUGCCCUGAUUUUACAAGGACAUGUAGUUCUCUGGCUUGUGUUAAUAAUUGUCCUGACCUGGUGCUACUAGGUAGAAAUGGUUCUGUUUUCUAUUUUUUUUCUUAAUCAGAAGCAUUUUUAAGAUUUGAUUUUUAUUUUUCUGAGUGAGUUGCCUGUGUAUUUUACAGGCUUUUCAUAGACAGGCAUCCUAGACAUUAAGUUUCCCUGCCUGUGAUAAUCAAAUUACAAUGAAAAGAAUACUUUGGGGUGUAGCCACCAGCUGCCCUCCUGCCUUGGGCAUCAUUCUUGAUCUCAUCAGUGUUCCCAGAUACUGGGCUGGCACAUGGCAGUGUUAACAUCAGCUGUAAGAUAAGGAGGCAAUUCCUUGCUAUCUUUCCCAGGAAAGUCACCUGUUAGUGCCUUUAUGCAGAGAGACUAGUGAAAUAAGUGCAGGGUGAUACAGUUUUGGGGAUAUUUUGGCUAUAUGCAAAAUGCUGUCAUAUGGAACAAGGGUUUAUAAUGAAAAGGGCUCAUCUCAGAAGAAUGUUAUCUGGAGAUGGAAAUGGCCCCUAUGGAAAGCAAGUGAUAUCUGAACACAGAGUUCCUGUUCCCAGAGCCUGCUGGGAAUGCUGAUUCCCUGCAGACAGGGCACAGGGGAGUCAGUUCACUCCCUGCAACUCUGCCUAUUCCAGGGAGCAGCAGAGGUGACAAGCUCAUUGUCUCUGCUCUCUGUCUCUGCUCUCUCAAUUGUUAAAUGUAGGAAAAGAGGUGCUUCUCAAAAAAAAAAAAAACAAAACCAAA